AUGGGAUCACUCGGUUUGCUCUUCAGCGACAGCGCCUACGGAGACAUCCUGACAAACGUUUUCGCCCACCUCUUCACCAUACGGGACCGAAUUUCUACCAAUCAAAUGAGCGUUGACCUGAAUGGGAGGACGUGCAAGGGCGAACGGUGGGACUUGCUGGAGGAUAGCUCUGUUGAGGCUGGCUCUUGUUCGGAUGCUCGAGGCAGACUCAGCCUUCCGCCACCACUAUAUCUCACUUUCACCAUCACCCCUCCCGAUAUACCUACCCCUGCCGCCGAUUCUUCUGCCCAUCCUCAACACAUUUCCGCUCCUUACCUCCUUACACCAUCAUUCAACAAUACUCUUCCCAACGCUCUGAGAAGCUACUAUACUCAGAGUGAUCGAAACGAAGGGACAAUCGAAUGGACCAUGUCUGCAAAGAGCCGAUGGAGAUGUUGUUAG